GCUGUCCUACCAGAGAAAUGAUGAUGAUGAGGAAGAAGCUGCCAGGGAACGUCGCCGACGGGCUCGGCAGGAGAGACUGAGGCAAAAGGAAGAGGGAGAUCUGUCUGGAGAAGUAACAGAGAAAUCAGAAGUUAAUGCCCAAAACAGUGUGGCAGAAGAGGAAACCAAGAGUUCUACAACCACAAGGGGAGCAGAUGAUGAAGCUGCAUUGUUGGAGAGACUGGCAAGACGGGAGGAGAGACGUCAAAAGCGCCUUCAGGAAGCCCUGGAACGUCAAAAGGAAUUUGACCCCACAGUCACAGAUGGGAGCUUGUCGCUGCCCAGCAGGAGAGAAAUAAACAAUGUGGAAGAAAAUGAGACCACGGGAAAAGAGGAAAAGGCUGAAACACGCAGAGGACGCUAUGAGAUUGAGGAAACAGAAACAGUUACCGAAUCAUACCAAAGGAACAACUGGAGGCAAGAUGGGGAAGACGAGGGAAAAAAAGAAGAAAAAGACAAUGAAGAGGUACAGGAGGAGAAACCAAAGGAGGCCUCUGUAGAGGAAAAUCAGGUAGAUGUGACAGCAGAAAAGUCCACAGAUAAAGAAGAGGUAACAGAAACAAAAAAUCUAGCUUUAAAUGCAGAGGAACACAAAGCAGAGAAUGAUACAAAUGCUGUACCAGAAGGGGAGCAAAGUGAUGCUGUAGAUAAAGAGAAGCUUAUGGAUGAGGAAAAGGCUGAGGAAGAAAGAAAGAAAGCAGAAGAAAGGGAGAAACUUGAGGCAGAAGAAAGGGAGAGAUUAAAAGCAGAGGAGGAAAAGAAGGCAGCUGAGGAGAGGGCUAAGGCAGAAGAGGAGAAGAGGGCAGCUGAGGAGAGGGCUAAAGCAGAAGAGGAGAGGGCUAAGGCAGAAGAGGAGAAGAGGGCAGCUGAGGAAAGAGAGAGGGCUAAAGCAGAAGAGGAGAAGAGGGCAGCUGAGGAAAGAGAGAGGGCUAAAGCAGAAGAGGAGAAGAGGGCAGCUGAGGAAAGAGAGAGGGCUAAGGCAGAAGAGGAAAAGAGGGCAGCUGAGGAAACGGCUAAGCUAGAAACAGAGAAAUUAAAUGAAAAACUAAAGUUGGAAGAAAAGAAAAUAGAAGAUAAACAGGUAAAAGAGAAGAAAGCACAAGAGGAAAAACCUCAAGCAGCUUUGAUAAGAAAACAGGGGGAAGAAAAAGAGGUUAAAGUGGAAGAUAAAAAGGAAAAGUUACCAGAUGAGAAGCUUCAACCUACCUCCAAAAAAGAUCAGGUAAAAGAUGAUAAGGAUAAAGGAAAAGCACCCAAAGAAGAAAUUAAAAGUAUCUGGGAUCGUAAGAAGGGAGCUCCUGAACAAAAGGCACAGAAUGGAGAACGUGAACUCACUGUCCCAAAACUUAAAUCUACUGAGAAUGCUUUUGGCCGCUCCAAUUUGAAAGGGACCACAAACGCCGAGGAAGCAAAGCUGGGGUCUCAGGCUGAGGCUGCAAAGCGGCUAGAAGAUCAGCGCCGUCGCCGAGGCGAGAAUGACGAGCUUGAGAAGCUGAAGGAAAAGCAGCAGGAGGCAGCAGCAGAACUGGAUGAACUGAAGAAAAGGCGGGAGGAGCGCCGAAAAAUCCUGGAGGAAGAGGAGCAGAAAAAGAAGCAGGAGGAGGCUGAGAGAAAAGUCAGAGAGGAGGAGGAAAAGAGGAGGAUGAAGGAAGAAAUUGAAAGGAGAAGGGCUGAAGCUGCUGAGAAACGUCAAAAAAUGCCAGAAGAUGGUGUAUCUGAAGAUAAGAAGCCAUUUAAAUGUUUCAGUCCUAAAGGUUCAUCUCUCAAGAUAGAGGAGCGAGCAGAAUUUUUGAAUAAAUCCGCUCAGAAGAGUGGUAUGAAACCCACCCAUACAACUGCAGUUGUCUCAAAAAUUGACAGUAGACUUGAGCAAUACACUAGUGCAAUUGAGGGCACAAAGGCUGCAAGACCAGUUAAGCCAGCAGCCUCUGACCUUCCAGUUCCAGCUGAGGGUGUCCGUAAUAUCAAGAGCAUGUGGGAGAAAGGGAAUGUUUUUUCAUCACCCUCUGGAACAGGAACACCAAAUAAGGAAACCGCUGGACUGAAGGUUGGUGUCUCCAGUCGUAUCAAUGAGUGGUUAACCAAGACCCCUGAGAGCAACAAAUCACCUUCUCCAAAACCUUCUGAUUUAAAACCGGGAGAUGUGUCCGGCAAACGUAAUCUCUGGGAGAAGCAGUCAGUUGAAAAGCCAUCUCCUUCUUCUAAGGUAUCAGCUAUGGGGAAAAAAUCAGAGACUAAUGCAGGUUUGAGACAAUUUGAGAAAGAACCGUAG